AUGGGAAAAGGCCAAAUAAAAAUAAAACUUAAACCAUUGCUAGUUUUUCCUUCUUUAUUUUUACCCUUAAUCUUUUACAAUUGGUAUGAAUACCUAAAAUUUAAUCUUGAGUUUAUGGUAAAAGAAGAUGAAAUAGUCCUCUAAGUUAAUCUUAAAGCAAAUAAAAUACAAGAAAUCAUUUCCUAAUAUAAAUUUUGAUACAUAGAAUUAAAAUUUUUUGGAAAUGGAGAAUAUAGAAGGUUAAAUAAAUAAACCUAUUUUGAAGGUAUUGUAAAUAUAAUCUUAGAAUUCUUUCUACUUUUUUAUAAAAUCACAGUAGAUUAAUAAUUUACUACAACAUUUUAUCAUAAAAUUAGUUCGAUUAAAUUUAGGAAACAGGUAAUUAAAAAAUAUCGACUCCAAUACUCACAAUUAAGGAAAAAAAAGAAAAUUAAUUGAUAGUUACAUAUAAAAAUGA